AUGGCGGACAAGUGGAGCCCGGAUUCUUGGAGAUCUAAACCGAUCUUGCAGGUUCCGGAAUACCCGGAUCAAGAGGCUUUGGCGAGUGUUGAACAGCGCCUGUCGACUUAUCCGCCUCUGGUUUUUGCAGGUGAGGCGCGUGCGCUGAAACAACAGUUGGCCGACGUCGCCGCGGGCAACGGUUUCCUUCUGCAGGGAGGCGAUUGCGCCGAGAGCUUCGCCGAACAUCAUCCGGAUCACAUCAGGGACUUUUUCCGCGUCUUCCUGCAAAUGGCCGUCGUGUUGACCUUUGCAGCGAGCCAGCCAGUGGUGAAAGUCGGGCGUAUUGCGGGUCAAUUUGCAAAACCGCGGUCAUCGAAUAUCGAAAAGAAAGACGAUGUCGAGCUGCCGAGUUACCGUGGCGACAUCAUCAACGACAUCGAUUUCAAUUCCGGCAGCCGGAUACCCGAUCCGAGCCGCAUGGCUAUGGCCUAUCGCCAGUCUGCGGCAACGCUGAACCUUCUGCGUGCGUUCGCGCAAGGCGGUUUCGCGAACCUUGAUCAGGUACACCAGUGGAUGCUGGGCUUCAUUACCGACAGCCCGCAGGGGCAUCGUUACAAGGAACUCGCGGACAGGAUUACAGAGUCGCUUGCAUUCAUGCGCGCCUGUGGCAUCAAGUCCGAUAACGUGCCGCAGAUGCGCGGAACGGAUUUCUUCACAAGCCAUGAAGCAUUGCUUCUGGGGUAUGAAGAAGCGCUGACACGCGUUGAUUCCACUUCCGGCGACUGGUACGCGACUUCGGGACACAUGAUCUGGAUCGGUGACCGGACACGCCAGCCGGACCAUGCUCACGUGGAAUUCUUCCGCGGUGUCAAGAACCCGAUCGGCUUGAAGUGCGGACCAUCCCUUACACCUGACGGACUGCUUGAACUGGUCGACAUCCUUAAUCCGGACAACGAACCGGGUCGCCUGACCCUGAUCGCGCGCUUUGGUGCCGACAAGGUGUUCGAUCACUUGCCGCAACUCGUGCGGGCGGUUGAGCGUGAAGGCAAGUCCGUUAUCUGGUCCUGUGAUCCGAUGCACGGCAACACAAUCACUGCCGGGGGCUACAAGACGCGUCCGUUCGAUCGCAUCCUGAAGGAAGUCGAAGCGUUUUUUGCCGUGCACCGCGCCGAGGGAACCCAUGCAGGCGGCGUUCAUGUGGAGAUGACUGGUCGCAACGUGACGGAGUGUACCGGGGGUGCCCGCGCGUUGACUGCCGAGCAGCUUGGUGACCGCUACCAUACGUAUUGCGAUCCGCGCCUGAAUGCCGAUCAGGCCCUUGAACUUGCGUUUCUCAUCGCGGAAAACCUCAAGAAGGAGCGCGAUGGCCGGAAGGCAGAGCCAAUGGCUGCCAGCGCGUAA